UACAGAAUCUCGGACAGUGAAUGUGAGUAAACAUUCGGCAGAAAAGCUCUGCCAAACUGAGUGCUCUCAUGUGACUUUUUCAUCAAGUCAGUAUUCCUGGGAUCUCUUGUACAUGAUAAUCUCACUCUUGUACAUGAUAAUCUCACUCUUAUAAGGUUUCAUCGUUUCUGCUUACCCUAGUUUUCUUUCCCACUCUGUUCCCUCUCCCACCAGACUGGACUCUGAAAUGGGCAUGUACAGAGACGAAGAGACCCCAACAUGCUUCAGGCUUUGAGUGGAGAGGACAAAGCCUCUGCUGGGACAGGGAACAGAGGGAUGUGGAGUCCCUGAAGAUGCUUUUGGACAAUGGUCUGAGGUUGGGACAGUGGCAGGAGAUACCAUUCACCCAGGAUCUCCAGGACAAGAGAUCAGAAUGGCAGUUACAAGUGUUUUUUUUCAAACUGGUUGCCAGGUUGGCAUGAGCCAUGACAUCAGAGAUUCCGACCUUCCUGAUUGGAGGGACCGGACUCCGUGGUGCCUGGAGAUCAGUUGGACAACAGUAUCUUCUCAGAGCUGUUCUCCACUCCUGACUUCUCCUAGGCUUGAGAAUUGAUAACAUACUCUUCUGGAUCCGAGCAGUGUCCAGAAGAAGGCCAUGGACAGAACGGAGACUAGGUUCCGUAAGAGGGGACAGAUUACGGCAAAGAUCAUGACCAGCCGUCAACCGCACCCCCAGAAUGAGCAGAGUCCCCAGCAGAGCACCUCGGGGUACCCCCUCCAGGAGGUGGUGGAUGAUGAAGCGUUGGGACCAUCAGCCCCUGGGGUAGAUCCCAGCCCCCCAUGUAGGUCCCUUGGCUGGAAAAGGAAGAGGGAGUGGUCAGAUGAAUCUGCGGAGGAGCCGGAGAAGGAGCCCGCCCCUGAGCCUGAGGAGACCUGGGUAGUGGAGACGAUGUGUGGGCUCACGAUGAAGCUGAAGCAACAGCAAGUGUCACCCUUCCUCCCUGAGCACCACAAGGACUUCAACAGUCAGCUUGCCCCUGGGGUAGAUCCCAGCCCCCCGCAUAGGUCCUUUUGCUGGAAAAGGAAGAUGGAGUGGUGGGACGAAUCUGAGGAGUCGGAGGAGGAGCUACGGAAGGUGCUCGCCCCUGAGCCUGAGGAGAUCUGGGUGGCGGAGAUGCUGUGUGGCCUCAAGAUGAAGCUGAAGCGACGGCGAGUGUCGCUCGUGCUCCCUGAGCACCACGAGGCCUUCAACAGGCUGCUUGAGGAUCCUGUCAUUAAAAGAUUCCUGGCCUGGGACAAAGAUCUGAGGGUGUCGGACAAGGUAAGGUUGUUCUCCAUGUAACUGUUCCUGUUCCAACGCAUGGCUGGGGGGAGGGCGCAGCUUCCAAACCCACAGUUCUCCCUCCACCACCUCCCACCAGAUGCUCCUACAGUCUUUUUUUUUUUUUUUUUUUGUGAGACAGAGUCUUGCUCUGUUGCCCAGGCUGGAGGGCAGUGCCUCUAUCUUGACUCACUGCAGCCGAUGCCUCCCGGGUUCAAGCGAUUCUCCUGCCUCAGCCUCCAAGCAGCUGGGAUUACAGACAUGAACCACCACGCCUGGCUAAUUUUUGUGUUUUUAGUAGA